AUGCGCUGCAUAAUAGAAGAGUACAUAAACUUACGUUCUAUUGAUAUGUUAUGCUUUCAGGAUAAAAACGUAAUGGUUUCCAAUCUUGCUCCCGGUCUAGAAAAGCCCGAUCUUGACACUCAUGAUCCCGCUGUCUCUUUAAUAAAAGAUCAGACGUUUGCGAAAUAUGCGACUGAGUAUUAUUUCCUUCUAUCAGUUCGACUACAAUUGAGUGAAAAUCCCUGUAACAUGCCAAUUGUUGAACAUCUCAAUUUACGAAUGAGAAUGAUUUCCGAAGCUCGAAAGUAUCCGGGAGCAUUUCAUUGGCUCAGACUCAAACGCCGUCCAAAAGCCUUCAUAUCUGAAGUCCGCAAAAAAAAUCCCGAAUUAGCUGUCUGGCUUGAGGGUGAAAAGUAA